GUGUAAGCGAAUUUUGACUAAGUUGGGAGAGAUAUCUUGCAAGACUCAACAAGGAACAAAACAUGGCUGCCAGCUUGGAGAGGUAGAAAUUGCAAGCAGGAGAAAGAAAAAGAUCUGGAGGUUCUGGUUCAUCCUAGACUUGCCCCUUCCUUAACUAUGAGAACGUUGUCAUCAAAUUCUUCUAUUUCCACGCCAGGUUCAUCUUUCAUUGAUUCAUCACCGAAGGAAAUGUCAGAAGUUGAAAAAUUUCUCCCUCGAAUCUAAUUUUAGACAUAUCCCAGAAGUCGAAACACCAAGUUCGCUGGAUCGUGGAUUUCACUCUCAAAUGAGAGAAGGUUGCAGAAACCAGAUCCCCAUCCUCUCGCUUCCAUCUAAUCACCCAGAAAUAUGUAUCAGUUCCUCUUGCAUUCAAAUUCGCGAGCAUCUCUUCAUUUGUCCAUUCAUGGUAGCCUCAUGCUAGAUUUGAAAAUGAAGACCAGAAGAGAGCAUCUCCAAUAAGACUUACUAGACGAAGAAGAUUCAUAGACUUUGCUCCAAGAAUCGUAGCUUCGCCUUCUCCACUGUCUCACCAUCUGAGGGUACCGCCUCAGCUCCCUCAAUCUCAGUAGCAUCUUUCAAGCGUUCUUCGAUUCCCAUCGAUUUGUCGAAGAAGAAGCAAGAGAGAAGAUAGGAAAGGCUGGCGAAGGAUGAUAAGAUUCCUUCUCUCGACAACGAUGAAUGAUUGGGAUUUUUUUACUUGGUCAAGGGCAUAUUAGGCAGCUUGAAAUCACCCCACCCCCACCACAAUUUUGAAGGGAAAGAUAGCUAAACAGGUAAACGGCAUGCAGUAUGCAACUUUUUCAUAAAAGAAUAGCUUGAAUUGAAGGGGGAGCUCAAAAAGAGCGUGUGCAUGGGGGCUGAUAGUUGUUUUGUGGUCAGGCUGUUUUGCUGAGUCAUAAUUCAGUUCCUUUUCUGGGUCUCUCUGGCAACCCGGAAAGGUUUGCUUGUAUUGGUUCUGCCAUCACAAACUUGCCAACAUACGCAAUAUUGGUUCAGCUGUUGGAAUAUGAAAAAUGGGAGGCUGUUUGUAGCUGCACGUUUCUUCUCAUCACUUCAUAGGAAUAUUUCUCUCAUCCCGUCAUAUCAAAGUUUUUGGCCUGCCCAAACCUCUGUUUCUCCCGCUAUCCUGCUAUCCAACACUUUACAGAGUUACAUCAAUUCAGAUGCUCCUUCUGAUGGUCUAUCUAUUCAUUCCCACAUUCUAAAAACUGGGUUUAUUCCAAACAAGAGUAUUUCCAUUAAACUCCUAAUAUUGCAUUUGAAAUGUAAUUCUUUAAGAUUUGCACGCCAGAUGUUUGAUGGAUUGCCUGUGAAAACACUAUCUGCCUAUAACUACAUGAUUAGUGGCUACCUUAAACAUGGACAAGUUGAAGAAUCCAUUAGUUUGGUGCGUAGGCUGUUAAUCUCAGGGGAGAAACCUGAUGGUUAUACUUUUUCAAUGAUUUUAAAAGCAUCAACUUCCCCCGCUAAUGUUACUCUUCUUGGUGAUCUUGGAAGGGUGGUACAUGCGCAAAUCCUCAAAUCUGAUGUGGAGCUGGAUGAUGUUCUUUCUACGGCUCUUGUUGACUCUUAUGUUAAGAAUGGGCAGGUUGAUUAUGCAAGGGUCGUUUUUGAUAUGAUGUUCGAAAACAAUGUGAUAUGUUCAACGUCCCUCAUUUCUGGUUACAUGAAUCAAGGCUCUCUGGAAAACGCUGAAUAUAUAUUUCACAAAACGGUGGAGAAGGAUAUUGUAGUAUUCAAUGCGAUGAUUGAAGGAUACAGUAAAUCAUCUGAAUAUGCCUCGAAAUCUCUUGAACUUUACAUUGACAUGCAAAGGUUGAACUUUCGACCAAAUAUUUCUACAUUUGCCAGCAUAAUUGGUGCUUGUUCAAUGCUAGCAGCACUUGAAAUAGGUCAGCAGGUACAAAGUCAGCUGAUAAAGACUCAAUUUUUCUUUAACAUAAAAAUAGGAAGUGCUCUAAUAGACAUGUAUUCCAAAUGCGGAAGAGUGGCUGACGCUCAGAGAGUUUUCGACCGCAUGCCUGAAAAGAAUGUUUUUUCAUGGACAUCUAUGAUUGAUGGAUAUGGGAAGAAUGGUUUUUCGAAUGAAGCGCUUGAUCUAUUUUGGAUGAUGCAGAAAGAGCAUUGCAUCGAACCUAAUUUUGUGACAUUCCUUAGUGUUCUAUCAGCUUGUGCUCAUGCUGGGCUUGUAGACCAGGGCUGGGGGAUCUUUUACAGUAUGAAGAAUGAAUACUCACUAAAGCCAGGGAUGGAACAUUAUGCUUGUAUGGUUGAUCUAUUAGGACGAGCAGGAAGGUUGCAUGAGGCUUGGGACUUUGUCAUGAGGAUGCCUGAGAGACCCAAUUCUGAUGUUUGGGCUGCUCUACUUAGUUCAUGCAGGCUCCAUGGUAAUUUAGAGAUGGCAAAAGUAGCAGCAAAUGAGCUUUUCAAGUUGAAUACUGAUGGACGACCUGGGGCAUAUGUGGCACUAUCAAACACUUUAGCAGCUGCUGGGAAAUGGAAUGGUGUGAGUGAACUUAGGGAAAUAAUGAAAAAGAGAGGGAUUUCCAAGGAAACGGCUCUCAGUUGGGUUGGAGUGGAUAGUGUUUGUUAGUUCUCGUGAUGGAGGUAGAAGUACUAGAGUUUAUAGUGUUCAAUGAGAUGAUGUGUCUAAAAUGCCUUUCAUGCUGUCAAAGGACUGUCAUGCUUUUGCACAGUAUUAUAAACUACUGACAAAUGCAUUGCUUUGCUGCAUCCUUGUUCUUUCUUUUCUUUCUUCCUUUUCCUUUUCUUUCUUUCUGACAAAAUUUUCCUUCUGUAUAAUGUAAAAAGAAGUUGCAAGAUAAAUCAUGCAAGUCUUUCUUUC